AUGUCGACCGAAUCCCAACCGGCGAAUCCGCAGAUGGAAUUGGACCCGAAAUAUGACGACUAUGACUUCCCCACGACUGCCCCCGAGAACGAGUCGGGUCAUCCUGGCCAUACCACCAAGGAACAGGAUGCACAAGUGCACCAGCUAAGGGCUAUGCUGGAACAAGAAGGAUACACGGAGCGGCUGGAUACUUUGACUCUGUUGCGCUUUCUUAGAGCCCGCAAGUUCAAUGUCGAGAACAGCAAGGCAAUGUUCAUCAAGAAUGAACAAUGGAGAAAGGAGUUUGGUACUGACGACCUGGUUCGCACAUUUGACUACACAGAAAGAGCUCAGAUGUUCCAGUACUAUCCACAGUACUACCAUAAGACGGACAAGGAUGGGCGCCCUGUGUAUAUCGAACAAUACGGCAAAAUCGAUCUGAAUGCCAUGUAUAAGAUCUCUACUGCUGAACGAAUGGUGCAAAAUCUGGUGGUAGAGUAUGAAAAGGUGGCCGAUCCACGACUGCCCGCUUGUUCGCGCAAGGCAGGCAAACUCCUCGAGACUUGUUGCACAAUCAUGGAUAUGAAAGGGGUUGGCGUCGGACGAAUCCCAUCCGUCUACGGCUACCUCAAGUCCGUCAGCGCCAUUUCCCAAGACUACUACCCAGAGCGACUGGGCAAGCUAUACAUCAUCAAUGCACCUUGGGGCUUUGCCAGCGUCUUCAGCUUCGUCAAAUCGUUCCUUGACCCAAUCACGGUCGCCAAGAUCCACGUUCUUGGCUCGAACUACCAAAAAGAAUUGCUGCAACAGGUCCCCGCAGAAAACCUCCCCAAAGAAUUUGGCGGCGAGUGCGAGUGCGAAGGUGGCUGUCAGUUCAGUGAUGAGGGUCCCUGGAAAGACCCCAAAUAUGCAAAGCCGCCUAAAUGGGCCAGAGCGGAUCCAGUUACCGGCAAAGACGCUGCAAACACCGUGCAACCUGCGCCGACUGAUGGUGCUCAAGAUCCAACCACGGCACAAGCGCCUGCCCCCGCCACAGCCCCUGCGCAGGCUGAGAGUGCGCCAGGCGAAGGACCGAAGAUGCCCCUGGAAGAGACUGCAGGAUCGUAG